UGGCGUUAGCCGCCGCUGAGUCGAUUUUGCCACACGCGGAGAGAAGGAGGGACGGGAAAGUGACAGACGGCUUAAUGUAGGGUCUAUUUUAAAAGAAGGCAGGGAGGAUAAGUUUUAUUAUUUUUUUGCAAAUGAGUGGAACACCAAAGACGGACAAAUUUGUCGCCAAGAUGCUUUGCCACAUUACUCGACCAGACUCGGUGGUGUUGGAAGUGGAAGUUGAUGCGAAGGCGAAUGGGGAAGAUUGCCUGAACAAGGUAUGUAGGAAGCUGGGUAUCAUAGAAGUGGACUACUUCGGACUGCAGUUCUCCGGCAGCAAGGGGGAGAACCUGUGGCUGAACCUGAGGAACCGCAUCGGCCAGCAGGUGGACAACGUGGCGCCGUGUCGCCUGAGACUCCGCGUCAAGUUCUUUGUGGAGCCCCAUCUCAUCCUGCAGGAGCAGACCAGACACAUGUUCUUCAUGCACGUGAAGGAGGACCUCCACAGCGGCCACCUCCGCAUGGCCUCGGAGCAGGCGGAGGAGCUCGGCGCGCUGCUGGCCCAGGCGGAGUUCGGCGACUACAACCAGAACACGGCGCAGUACUGGUACCGGGAGCUCUGCGGGGAGGAGCCCUGCCCGGACACCGUCAACAGAAUAGUGUCCCGGCACCAGGCCCUGGAGGGCGCGGGCCCCGGCUCCGUGGAGUACCAGGCCCUGCAGCUGGUCUCGUCCCUGGAGCACUACGGCGUGGAGUGGCACUGGGCGCGCGACGCCGACGGCCAGCGGCUGGCCAUCGGCGUGGGGCCCGAGGGCAUCGCCGUCUGCAAGGAGGACUUCGCCCUCGUCAACAGGAUAUGCUACCCGGUCAUCCAGAUCGCCACCCAGUCGGGGAAGAGCGUGUACCUGACCGUUACCAAGGAGACCAACGACAGCGUGGUGCUGCUGUUUAAGCUCAUCAGUCACCGGGCAGCCAGUGCCCUUUACCGGGCCAUCACGGAGACGCACGCCUUCUACAGGUGCGACACGGUGACCAACGCGGUGAUGAUGCAGUACAGCCGCGACUUCAAGGGCCACCUGGCCUCGCUCUUCCUGCACGAGAACGUCAACAUGGGCAAGAAGUACGUCUUCGACAUCCGCCGCACCUCCAAGGAGGUCUACGACCACGCCCGGCGCGCCCUCUACAACGCCGGCAUCACGGACCUGGUGUCGGGCGGCGGCGGUGGCGGCGGGGGCGGGACCCCGGGGUCCCGCUCGCCCAGCCGCGGCGGGGGGCGCGACGAGGCGCUGGACUGCGGCAGCUGCCAGGAGAGCCGGGAGCUGCAGGAGCGCGUGCGGAAGCUGCGCGAGGCGCUGCUGUGCAUGCUGUGCUGCGACGAGGAGAUCGACGCCGCCUUCUGCCCCUGCGGCCACAUGGUGUGCUGCCAGGGCUGCGCCAGCCAGCUGCAGACGUGUCCCGUGUGCCGCUCCGACGUGGAGCACGUGCAGCACGUCUACCUGCCCACGUGCACCAGCCUGCUCAGCCUCACCCUCACAGACAACCACCACCCCCGCACCACCACCAAGACCACCACCACCACCUCCUCCUCCACCACCACCAACACCACCGGCGGCAGCAGCAGCCCCAUGUCCAUCCACCGGGACACUGCCUCCACCAACGACGCCUCCAACGCAGAGCACAACCACAAGGUCUCUACGCGGUACCACCACAUGUAGACCGUGGGUGGAGCGGGUCCCCCCCCCCCCCCCCCCGGGGUGAACAACCCACAGGACUGAUGAACUGGUGAACCGGGUCGUGGUUAAUGUUCAACAGAGAUUGGAGGUGGUUGUGGUGGUGGGGGGGGGGGGGGGGGGGAUCGAUGAGAUUCUACGCCCACCUGGACUUCAUUUGAUCCCCUUUUUCUAGUUCCAAAGUUCACGAUCUACCAAAAUCUAUGAGAAGACUCCAGAGACUGUAGCCACUCCCACUCCUUGCCCCGCUUGUUCUUGAUUGGGCCGUGGCCGCCGUUGGGCCACGCCCACCAACACCGCUACGUCAUAUCCAGCCAGUCCCGUCUGUCCUAGUAUUGCAUCCCUCUGACCCCCUUGUCCUUUUAGAUUAGCCCCUUGUGUUGUAUUUCUUAAUUAAUUUAUUGACGUAUCAGUUGACCUGAUGAGUGGACGAAACACUACUUUUGUUUUGGAAUUUUUGCUUUGAUGUACGAGUUUUAUUUCUUUUGCUGCUUUUUUCCUUUUGCUUCAUAUCAGGUGAGGUUAAGGCAUCCAUAUCCGGCAUCAAUUCCUUUUUAAUGAUUUUGCAAAGAGAUUCUGUGUUUUAAGAGAAUAACAUUUUUACAUUAUGGAUUGAGUCGAUCAGUUAGUUUUCAUAUUUAAAACAUGUCCCUAGAUUUCGGUCAUUUGUUCAGCCGGUUAGUUCUCCGAUUACUCGGAAUGAGAUGCAUCUUUUUAAAAACGUUGGCAGGGUUUUUGUGUUAUAUUUCUUGAGUGUGAUCCAUGUAUUUAAUUAUGUUUCCCCUUAAAUGCAUUGGGGAGGCCUCCAGAGACUGGGAAGCACACGCGUACACACACGUACGCACGCACACAGGAACGCACCCAUGCACGCAUGCACAAACACAGAAGACAAGCAUGGACACGCACACAGACACACAACACGAACACACACACACACACACACAUGCAUAGCCAGACACCACUUUCAGUAACCCGAUAUGCACAGGCAGUGGUUCUGCAAGCUCAAAAGUAUCUGUCCUCUGAAUGAAUCUGAAAAAUGGACACGGCAGAGAUUGUAUUUGUUGAAGCGCUGUUGUUGUUUUAACAGACUUUUGUUGUUCAGUGUCAGUUGCUCCCUCCCCCCACCCCACUCAUGGGAACUAGUAGCAAAAGUCCUUGUUUUAUUUUGAAAAGGUACUAGCAGAUUUGUCAGUGCAACACCAGCUUGCUGUUCGAAAAGGUUCAACCUGUAAUUUAUUUUUCCCUCUGACCAAGGUAUGUUUUUAUUUGGAAGAAAGGAGAGAUCUUGUGUACAUUGUCACUUUACCAAGAGAAGUCUCUCCAUGUAGGGGUUUGGCCUUAAUGUAGCACCGACACAAUGUGUUUUUCGAUUACAUAUUCUCGAAUUUUAUUUCUAUGCACAGAUUAUUUUUGUUUGUUGACGUGGAGAUGAGGAAUACUGUUUGUGGAUGCAGAAUAUCUUCCUGUCUGUCACUUCCUGUCAGCCAGAGAGUGUGUUUUAUUUUUCCACAUUGUAAAAGUUGCGAUUUGUUUCUGUUUUCUGAAGCAAUAGCCACUUCGAAAUAGCGUGUAGGAUAAAAUCCUUUUUUAUAUAUUACGCUUUGACAAGAAAGAAGUAUUAAUAAAGGUGUUUUUAAAACAAAAA